AUGCGCUCCGGAGAUCUUGAGGCUGGCGGGCCACCACAACACCAACAGCUACAACAGCAGCAAGACCCCCCUCAGGCCGUGGCUUCUGGGAUUUUCCAAAUCAACACCGCCGUGUCUUCCUUUUCUCGCCUUGUCAAUUCCCUUGGCACUCCCAAGGACACUCUCGAACUCCGUGACCGGCUGCACAAGGCAAGGUUACACAUUGGGGAGUUGGUGAGAGAUACUUCAGCUAAACUUAAACAGGCUAGUGGAACUGACCAGCAUUUGGAAGUUAGUGCAGCCAAGAAGAUCACUGAUGCUAAGCUUGCAAAAGAUUUCCAGUUGGUUCUUAAGGAAUUUCAGAAGGUUCAAAAGCUUGCAGUUGAGAGGGAAGUAACGUAUGCUCCUUUUGUCCCCAAAGAAGGUCUUCCAUCAAGUUCUGAUGCCCAUGAGCGGGAGGAUACAAGUUCAUCUCGGUCUCCUGAACGACGGGCUCUUAUUCUAGAAUCUAAAAGGCAAUUCCAAAAACCGUAUCACUCAAACAAAUUGCAGAGCUUGCCUAGCAUACAAGUGAAGAAUUUGAGACAAGAUCAGGUCGUACUGGUGGAUGAGAUUAUACUUAAUGAAGCCAUUAUAGAAGAAACAGAGCAGGGGAUCACAGAAAUUCAGCAACAGUUAAUUGAGAUAAAUGAGAUUUUGAAGGAUCUCGCGUUCCUGGCCCUGAACAAUGAUUGAUAAAUAAUCAUACAGUCCAAUCAUUUGGAGCUGGCAUCCUCUUUCUGAGGUUUUCUCGCAAAUGACGUAAAAUUGUCAUGGAUUUCAUUAUACUGUCAACAAAAUCUGGAACUUCUGCAUCUCCUGCUCAUUUGUGUGUAAGUGAGUGUUUUCAUAUGUUCAUUGUUGUAGCAAGACUCCUAGAGUACUUAAUGUCUUCUGUUUCAAACUUUGGUGCAGC